UCCCCCUCUUUCUUCUCCUCCCUCGUCGCCGCCGCCGCCGCCGCCGCCUCCUCAGCGUUCGCCUCAGCCGCCGCCGCCGCCCGCUCCCGCCCGCGCGCGGCGGGAUGGACGAUCAAUCCAGGAUGCUGCAGACUCUGGCCGGGGUGAACCUGGCCGGCCACUCGGUGCAGGGGGGCAUGGCCCUGCCGCCUCCCCCUCACGGCCACGAAGGGGCGGACGGCGACGGCAGGAAGCAGGACAUCGGCGACAUCCUCCACCAGAUCAUGACCAUCACCGACCAGAGCUUGGACGAGGCGCAAGCAAAGAAACAUGCCCUGAACUGUCACAGAAUGAAACCCGCGCUCUUCAGCGUCUUGUGUGAGAUCAAAGAGAAAACAGGUCUCAGCAUCAGAGGAGCCCAGGAGGAGGACCCUCCCGAUCCCCAGCUAAUGAGACUGGACAAUAUGCUUUUGGCAGAAGGGGUUUCAGGUCCUGAGAAAGGUGGGGGAUCGGCGGCAGCAGCUGCAGCCGCGGCAGCCUCUGGAGGUUCUUCAGAUAACUCUAUUGAACACUCAGAUUACAGAGCCAAAUUGACCCAGAUCAGACAAAUCUAUCACACAGAACUGGAGAAAUAUGAACAGGCAUGUAAUGAAUUCACUACACACGUGAUGAACCUUCUCCGAGAGCAGAGUAGAACACGUCCCAUUUCCCCAAAAGAGAUUGAAAGAAUGGUGGGCAUCAUCCAUCGAAAAUUUAGUUCCAUUCAAAUGCAGCUCAAACAAAGCACUUGUGAAGCAGUUAUGAUUUUAAGAUCAAGGUUCCUUGAUGCCAGACGAAAAAGGCGUAACUUCAGUAAACAGGCCACAGAAAUCUUGAAUGAAUAUUUUUACUCACACCUCAGCAACCCCUACCCUAGUGAAGAAGCCAAAGAGGAGCUGGCCAAGAAAUGCAGCAUCACAGUGUCACAGGUAUCCAACUGGUUUGGCAACAAACGAAUCAGGUACAAGAAGAAUAUCGGCAAGUUUCAGGAGGAAGCCAAUCUCUACGCUGCAAAGACAGCCGUGACAGCCGCACAUGCAGUGGCUGCAGCCGUGCAGAACAACCAGACCAACUCGCCCACCACGCCAAAUUCUGGUUCUUCUGGUUCUUUUAACCUCCCAAAUUCUGGGGACAUGUUCAUGAACAUGCAGAGUCUGAAUGGGGAUUCUUACCAAGGGUCCCAAGUCGGAGCCAAUGUGCAAUCACAGGUGGAUACCCUCCGUCAUGUUAUCAAUCAGACGGGAGGCUACAGUGAUGGCCUUGGAGGAAAUUCACUGUACAGUCCACAUAAUUUAAAUAUCAGAGACCGGUAGCAUCUUUUCUCUCUCUGAAAGCACCAGUGCCCAGAGUCUGCUCGGUAGUUAAAUGAUGGAUCCCGACUGUUUUGAGAGAUGAAGAUACUUGCUGCUGAUAGAGGUGACCACGAGAUCCGCCUGGGGUUUCACGGUGUGCGCUGGGUGCUGCACAGACUUGUCAAGGUUUGCUAUGUCCUCUGGGCAUCCACAAAGGCCCUGCUCUCUGGAGUGUUGUAUAUAGUGUAGCAAAAGAGUAUUUAUACAUCUCACCAAUCAAAACACAGCUUUAUUACCUCAUGCGAACUCAUACAAACCAAUAGAAUUUCAACAUGUUCUGUAGCUUAGAGUGCUCACUUACUACCUCUGAACAAUACUCGCGCUGUAGUUUGUCUCUUUCUUAUCUUUUUGCAUCUUGUAAUUAACUCUUUGUUUCCCUUCAUAAAAAUGUAAUGUACAUUGUAAUCUUUUAAAAGAAAAAUCAGGGUUGCAUUUGCAACUUUUAAAAAACCGAGAGUGGAAACAUUGGGUCUUAACACAGGAUCAGUAAAAUUGUUGUAAAUACUGAGAAACAUUUUGAAUGUUCUUCAUCUUGUUACUAAUCCAUGCAAAAAAAAAAAAAAAAAAAACAGCGACUAAUUGUGAUGCAUUCAGAUUUCAGUAUUCAGUACUGUAUAUUUCACCCUGUGUAAUGGGGCCCCCUCUCCUUUCUCUCUUUUUGUAUUGUAUGCGAUUCUGAAACUGAUUGAGUCAUGAAAAUAAUUUGUGGCGGUGAUUCUAAUGUAUUAAAAACGUUUCGUGUUCCUUUCUAACUGGAUUACACCCUGGAUUGAAAAAGUCUUCCUCGUGGUAGUUAUAUGUAGUUUCAAACAUGAAUAAACUUUUUGCUUUCAUGAUUCAAUGUUGAUGCAG